AUGGCAGCACCAGUGACACCGGAUGACUUGAGGAGGUCCAUGAGUAGGCGGGGGAGUAUUGCAUCAGCAAGCAGGAGAGGUUGGGCUUCAGCAAGUAUUCGCGAGGUGUUAGCUGCACCAGGUGGUGAUGUUUUUCAGAAAAGUGGGAGACAUGAUGAUGAGGAGGAGCUCAAAUGGGCUGCAAUCGAAAGGCUUCCCACUUAUGAUCGGAUGAGGAAGGGAAUGCUAACACAAGUUUUGGACAAUGGAAGAGUUAUUCAUGAAGAAGUUGAUGUUGCUCAUCUUGGUAUUGACGACAAGAAGAAUCUCAUGGACAAUAUACUGAAAACUGUUGAAGAAGAUAAUGAAAGGUUCCUAAUGAGGCUUCGUGAUCGAACUGACAGGGUUGGGAUCGAUAUCCCAAAAGUUGAAAUUAGAUAUGAAAAUUUAUCUGUUGAAGGAAAUGCAUUUAUUGGAAGUAGAGCACUUCCAACUCUUCUCAAUUCUACUGUAAAUUCAAUUGAGGGACUUCUUGGAGUCCUCAAGCUUUUCCCAUCUAAGAAGAAGGCUGUCAAAAUACUUGAUGAAGCAAGUGGAAUAGUAAAACCAUCAAGGAUGACACUACUUUUGGGACCUCCAGCAUCAGGGAAGACUACAUUGUUGAAGGCUCUAGCAGGAAAGCUGGAGGAUGAUCUCCAAGUAAGUGGAAAGAUCACAUACUGUGGUCAUGAAUUGAAAGAAUUUAUACCUCAGAGAACCUGUGCUUAUAUCAGCCAAAAUGAUCUUCACCAUGGUGAGAUGACCGUCAGAGAAACAUUGGACUUCUCUGGGCGAUGCCUAGGUGUUGGCACCAGGUAUGACCUUCUGGCUGAAAUGUCAAGACGAGAAAUACAGGCAGGAAUUAAACCAGACCCUGAGAUUGAUGCAUUCAUGAAAUCCACCGCAAUGGCUGGACAAAAGACUAGUUUGGUCACCGAUUAUGUUCUGAAGAUACUUGGAAUAGAUAUUUGUGCUGAUACAUUGGUAGGUGAUGACAUGAGAAGGGGAAUUUCUGGUGGACAAAAGAAGCGCGUUACAACUGGAGAAAUGUUGGUUGGUCCAGCAAAGGUUUUUUUCAUGGAUGAAAUCUCUACUGGUCUUGACAGCUCUACCACAUUUCAAAUUAUCAAGUACAUGAGGCAGAUGGUUCACAUUAUGGAUGUUACCAUGAUAAUAUCUCUUCUCCAACCAGCACCUGAAACUUUUGAUUUGUUUGAUGACAUCAUUUUGCUAUCAGAAGGACAAAUUGUCUACCACGGUCCUCAUGAAAAUGUACUUGAGUUUUUUGAGGAUGUUGGCUUCAAAUGCCCAGAGAGGAAAGGAGUUGCAGAUUUUCUGCAAGAGGUUACUUCCAAGAAGGAUCAGGAGCAGUAUUGGUUCAGAAAGAAUGAACCAUACAGAUAUGUAUCAGUAUCAGAGUUUGCUGACCAUUUUAGAUCCUUCUACAUUGGACAGAAGCUUUUCAGUGAGCUUCAAGUUUCAUAUGACAGAACUAAAGCACAUCCCGCAGCAUUAGUAAGAGAGAAGUAUGGAAUUUCCAACAAAGAUCUCUUCAAGGCAUGCUUGGCAAGGGAGUGGUUAUUGAUGAAGAGAAAUUCAUUUGUUUACAUAUUCAAGACUGUUCAAAUUACAAUCAUGGCUGUAUUUACUUUUACCGUGUUCUUUAGAACACAGAUGAAGCAUGGUGAGAUAGAAGAUGGAGGCAAAUUUUACGGUGCGCUAUUCUUCAGUCUUCUAACUGUGAUGUUCAAUGGAAUGGCUGAGCUUGCGAUGACUAUUUUCAGGCUCCCUGUGUUCUUUAAACAGAGAGACUCUCUAUUCUACCCUGCAUGGGCUUUUGCUCUCCCAAUUUGGCUUCUGAGAAUCCCCGUCUCAGUGAUGGAUUCAUUAAUCUGGAUCAUCCUUACAUAUUACACCAUAGGAUUUGCUCCAUCUGCUAGUAGGUUCUUCAUGCAGUUAUUGGCAUAUAUUGGUAUACAUCAGAUGGCAUUGGGUCUAUUCCGAUUUGUUGCAGCCCUUGGAAGAACACAGGUCGUGGCAAACACGUUUGGCACCUUCACUCUGCUCUUGGUUUUUGUCCUAGGUGGAUUUAUCAUUGCUAAGAAUGACCUUCAACCUUGGAUGAAAUGGGCUUAUUAUAUCUCCCCAAUGUCCUAUGGUCAGAAUGCCAUCGUUCUUGUUGAAUUUCUUGACAAAAGGUGGAAUCUGCCUAAUGUUGAUUCAAGAUUUCCUGGAAGUACUGCUGGGAAAGAACUUCUUGCAUCCAGGGGAAUGUUUACAGAAGAACGUUACUACUGGAUUUGUGUCAUUGCGCUCUUCGCUUUUUCUCUGUUUUUCAAUCUCUGCUUUGUUGCUGCUCUCACAUACUUAAACCCAUUUGGAGAUUCCAAAUCUUUAAAUGCAAAUGAGGAGGAAGAAGACAAGAAAAAUAAACCGCCAUUCUCUAAUGCUAAGGCAAUAUCAGGUAGAAGUUCAGCAUCUACCACCCAAAUGGUUGAAGGUAUUGAUAUGACAGUGAAGGGAACUCCUCAUAAUCCAACUUUAACUGUUGCAGGCAAGGCAACUAAUAGAAAAGGAAUGGUGCUACCUUUCCAACCCUUGUCACUUACAUUUGAUCGAGUUAGUUACUAUGUUGACAUGCCUGCAGAAAUGAAAAGCCAAGGAAUUGAAGAAACACGACUCCAACUACUACGAGAAGUAAGUGGUGCUUUCAGGCCUGGGGUUUUGACAGCAUUGAUGGGGGUUAGCGGUGCUGGAAAGACUACCUUGAUGGAUGUUUUAGCUGGUAGAAAAACCGGUGGAUACAUUGAAGGAAAUAUCAGUAUAUCUGGUUACCCAAAGAAUCAAGAGACUUUUGCUCGCGUGAGUGGCUACUGUGAGCAAAAUGAUAUACACUCUCCACAUGUUACUGUCUAUGAGUCACUUCUUUACUCUGCCUGGUUACGUCUUCCUGCUGAAGUAAACACAGAAACACGAAAGAUGUUUGUGGAGGAAGUUAUGGAGUUGGUUGAGUUGAAUGUACUGAGAGACUCUUUAGUUGGCCUUCCGGGAGUAGAUGGUUUAUCAACGGAACAGAGAAAAAGGCUGACCAUAGCUGUUGAAUUGGUUGCUAAUCCUUCCAUCAUCUUCAUGGAUGAGCCGACAUCAGGCCUAGAUGCUAGAGCUGCUGCAAUUGUUAUGCGAGCGGUGAGGAACACUGUGGAUACAGGUCGAACUGUUGUGUGCACAAUUCACCAGCCCAGCAUAGACAUUUUUGAAGCAUUCGAUGAGCUCUUUUUGAUGAAGAGAGGAGGACAAACUAUUUAUGCUGGACCUCUAGGCCACCGAUCUCAACAUCUAAUUGAAUACUUUGAAUCUGUUCCAGGGGUUACUAAGAUAAGAGAUGGAUUCAAUCCUGCUACAUGGAUGCUAGAAGUUAGUUCCAAUGCAAUUGAAAAUCAACUCGGGGUAGACUUUGGAGAAAUUUAUUCAACCUCUGAUCUGCACAGGACGAAUGAAGAACUCAUUAAAGAGCUAAGUAACCCAGCACCAGGAUCUAAGGACUUGAACUUUCCCACCAAAUACUCCCAACCCUCCAUUACUCAGUUCAAGGCAUGUUUCUGGAAACAGCACUGGUCUUACUGGAGGAAUCCGCAAUACAAUGUCAUCAGAUUCUUUAUGACAACUGUUAUUGGAAUUAUAUUUGGAGUAAUUUUCUGGGACAAGGGAGGCCAAAUGCGCAAACAACAAGAUUUGAGUAAUCUACUCGGAGCAAUGUAUGCUGCCGUUCUCUUCUUGGGAGGAACAAACACUUCUGCAGUACAAUCUGUUGUUGCCAUCGAAAGGACAGUCUUUUAUCGCGAGAAAGCAGCAGGAAUGUUUUCAGCUUUGCCUUAUGCAUUUGCUCAGGUGGCUGUUGAAACUAUGUAUGUCGGCGUCCAAACUUUUGUUUAUAGUCUCCUCCUUUACUCAAUGAUUGGAUUCCAGUGGGAAGCAGCCAAGUUCUUCUGGUUCUACUACUACGUAUUUAUGUGCUUCGUGUACUUUACCCUCUACGGAAUGAUGCUUGUAGCACUCACUCCAAGUUACGAGAUAGCUGCUAUUCUCAUGUCAUUCUUCCUAAGCUUCUGGAACCUAUUCUCUGGUUUCCUCAUUCCCAGAAUGGCAAUUCCAGUGUGGUGGAGGUGGUACUACUGGGGUUCUCCAGUGGCAUGGACUAUAUAUGGCCUCAUUACAUCUCAGCUUGGUGAUGUAGUGGACCCCGUUCAUGUCCCUGACCACGGAGAUCUUCCAGUGAAAGUUUACCUCAAGGAGUAUCUGGGCUAUGAACAUGACUUCCUUGGAGCAGUUGCUGCUGCACAUCUUGGUUGGGUACUACUCUUCUUCUUUGUCUUUGUUUAUGGCAUCAGAGCCCUCAACUUCCAAAAGAGAUAG